GUGUUUACAUUCUGUGUAGCCAUGUUUGAGGUUAUGUGUGGUAUGCUUCGCCUCGUGUCAAGGGGCUGCAUCUUACGGAGUAUUUGUACUGCGAAUCCCUGGAAAUUGGGCAGGAAAAUGGACAAGGUGUACUUUAGGCACGGGGAUAGUGAUCCAUCCGUUGAUAUAUCCUUUAGAUACGCGAAUAGUGAGUAUAAAAUAGAUCGUGUAUUCAAUUUCCGGAGAAAUGUUUCUGAGCUGGUGGAAGUUUUCACGGAUCGGAUGCGAACCAACAUUGAGAAGGAGUUUGGGAAGCGCAAUAAGAAGCAGAAGAAGAAGUCUGAUGAUUCUGGAGAUGCUGUCACGCACUCAAAGCCUCCCGAGAUUAGUGUCCAGUUAACUGGGGGUGGCAAUGACUUAUCAGGGAAAACCUUUGAGGAUAUUCUCGCAUCACAUGACCUGAGAAAUACUCUCGAGCUGUGUAUUCUGGGCCAGAAACUCCCAGUGGCUGUGAAUCAUCCCUUUGUGGACAACAUCACCCUUCCCACAUCCAUCCUGGCGGGAUUCUUUGUCUAUCCCAGCAAAGUAGAACUCUCCUUUGCCACAGAGGCUGAUUGUACGUUCAUCUGGUACGUGGGAUCUGUUCCCAAGUCUGGGAAAUUCAGUGAAAUUGACUUCAAGGAAGCAGGAAAGGGUUUCUCGUACUUUGCACAACCAGAGGAUGUUGGUUGUCACCUCAAAGUCGAGUGCAUACCCCGUAGGCAUGAUCUUGAGGGUCCUGCUGUGGAAUGCAUUUCCAAAUGCACCAUCCAGGCUGGUCCUGGUGAAUGCCCUUUUGACAUUCGACACAGUUUCACAGCAAAACCCUUGUCCGGAAAUCAAUUUCGCGUAGCCUCCUACAAUCUCCUGGCAGAUUUGUAUGCUGACAGUGAUUUCAGUAGGCAGGAACUCUUCCCCUACUGCCCACCCUAUGCCCUCAACAUUGACUACCGGAAGCAAUUAUUCACAAAGGAACUUCUUGGCUACAAUGCCGACAUAAUCUGCCUCCAGGAAGUUGAUUCCAAGAUCUACGACUUGGAUCUCGAGAGAACCUUCCGGGUGCGACACUUUGAGGGGGAUUUUAAGAAAAAGGGCGAAACAGCUGAAGGAUUAGCAAUUUUUUACAACACUAUUCGAUUUAAAUUAGUUGGUAGAUUUGGAAUAAACUACGGCGAAGAGAUUCCGAAGAGGGAAAUUUUUGCAGAUAUCCACGAAAAAUUGAAAGACAAUGAAGAACUCCUGGCGAGGAUCGUUGAUCGAUCAACAGCAUUGCAAGUUGUCGUGCUGCAAUCACUGGAUAAUCCGGAAGAAGUUGUUAUUGUGGCAAAUACUCAUCUCUACUUCCAUCCUGACGCUGAUCACAUCAGACUGCUGCAAUUUGGACUAGCGAUGACUUUCCUGGAAAAGCACGUGAUGCCAGAAGUGGAGAAAGAUCUUCCAAAUGCGAGGAAAUCCCUCAUUUUCUGCGGAGACUUCAACAGUUCCCCCGAUUGUGGGAUUUACAAGCUAAUGACGGAGAACUUCGUUCCGAAGGAUUUUAAGGAUUACAGCUCACAUCCCGACCAAGUGAUUAAAGACGUUGAACUGAGACAACCCCUCCCAAUGGCCUCUGCUUGUGGUUGUCCUGACUUUACCAACUUCACUGCCGGCUUCCGGGCGUGCAUUGACUACAUCUUCUACCAAACCAACAACCUCAGCGUCGUCCAGGUAGUCCCAUUCCCCAGUCUCCAGGAACUGGAAGCACACAUUGCAAUCCCAUCUGUGGUCUUCCCCUCUGACCACAUUGCCCUCGUUGCGGACUUGGCGUGGGAGAAGAAGUAAAACAUUCACGAAUAUGGGUCGUUUGCAUGUCUUUUGCGGUUUAUUUAUUAAAAUAACAAUUCCUCUGUGUAUAGACAAGUAUUUUUUUUUGGGAGAAUUUGUGACUAAAAUAAAUAAAUUGUCAUUAAA